UUGCUUUUUGAUACUGAACCUUAGUUGUGUGCAGGGUAUCUACACUAUAUUGCCAAAAGUAUUGGGACACCCCUCCAAAUCAUUUUAUUCAGGUGUUCCAAUCACCUCCAUGGUCACCUAGGCAUGCAGACUGCUUCUACAAACAUUUGUAAAAGAAUAGGUCGCUCUCAGUAUCUCAGUGAAUUCAAAUGUGGUACCAUGAUAGGUUGCCACCUGUGCAAUAAGUCCAUCCGUGAAAUUUCCUUGCUACUAAAUAUUCCACAGUCAACAGUUAGUGGUAUUACAACAAAGUGGAAGCAACUGGGAACAACAGCAACUCAACCUCAGAGCAGGGUCAGUGCAUGCUGAGCACACAUAGCGCAGAAGUCGCCAACUGUCUGCAGAGUCAGUAG